CGUCAUCUACUACUUCUGAUCGUGAGCGUCGAGGAUGGCAGCAAGUACAAAUGCCAAAACCUGCACCUAUUCCUCCAGUUAUUGGGAAAGGAAGUGGAGGAGCGAACGCUGCUAUAACAAAUCAGCAACAGCAGUCCGUCGGAGCUAAGAAACAUUCCCAGCAAAAGAAAGUUAAUGACACAAAAACUAAAUCGCCAAAGCAACAACCAGUAGUGGCUGACAAAUUCACCCAAUGGAUUAUUAAUCGUGUUAAAGAGUUAAAUUCAUCAGUUGAUGCUGAAGUUUUUGCCAAUUUUAUUGCACAAGUCGACUCUCCUGAUGAGGUAUUUUGUUUUUGUUUAUCAUAA